AUGUUCCACAAGGUUCAACCAAGGACUACUCAUACCCAACCAACUCAAGAUUGGGAUAUGAAGGAAAUGCUCCAACAACUUUUACAAGGGCAAGCCAAAGGUUCUCUGGAAAUGAACAACAAGCUGGUUGAGAUACACUCUAAACUAGAGUCAUUGACUUCAAGAGUCCAAAUCAUUGAGUCUUCAAGUGCAUCAUCCUCUUCACCACAAGAGUAUGCCCAAGCAGUUACACUAAGAAGUGGGACAAUUCCCAAGAGAUCGAUAAGGUUACCAACUGGAAUGCUUGAAGACCUGCCUUUGAGAAUAGGGAAUGUAGAAAUCCCCACCGACUUCAUUGUGCUUGAGAUGGAUGAGGAACCAACAGAUCCAUUGAUACUAGGAAGGCCAUUCCUAGCUACAGCAAGAGCAAUGAUAGAUGUCUGUGAAGGCACAAUUGAGCUAAACUUGGGAAAGGACCUAAGGAUGAAGUUUGACAUCAAGGAUACAAUGAGGAAGCCAACAAUAGAAGGUCAACUCUUUUAUGUUGAGGAGAUGGAUCAGUUGGCAGAUGAGCUUUUAGAAGAGCUAUCAUUGGAGGACCCCCUACAAGUUGCUUUGACCAAGGAUUCUUCAGAAGGAUAUGUGAGCUCAGAAACCGAGGAAUACUCGAAGCUCCUUGACACCUUCAGACCAGUUCCAAGCAUUCUGAGCAUUGAGGGGUUGGACAGGCCAGUUUGCGAGGUCAUGGCAGUGAGCUCGAUCAAGAGCUCGAUCGAGUCGGGCCUCGAACAAACGAACUCGAUCGAGCUGGGGACUGAAUGCAAGGAGCAAGCUCAAGGAGAUUGGUAUGCAUUUCUGGGUGAAAACUCAACUUACCCUGUCAUUGUGAACUCUGAUUUGGAACCUGAACAGUUGAGUGCCUUGCUUGUUGAAUUGAGGAAGUACAGAAAAGCAAUAGGUUACACUCUAGAUGAUAUCAAGGGGAUCUCCCCUGACCUAUGCAUCCAUAGGAUUCAUCUAGAGGAUGAAAGUAAGUCUAGCAUUGAACCUCAAAGGAGAUUGAACCCCAAUCUAAAGGAAGUAGUGAAGAAAGAGAUACUCAAGUUGCUUGAUGCUGGGAUAAUCUAUCCCAUCAGUGAUAGCACUUGGAUAUCUCCAGUUCAUUGCGUCCCAAAGAAAGGGGGGAUCACUGUCAUAAAAAUGACAAGGAGGAGCUGA